AUGUCGGGUAUGGUACGUUAAUCAUGAUGCCCAUGUCAAACAGGUAGUUAUAGUUGUUACUUUUCACUAUAAUUUUCUACACUGAUUACAACGACAUGCUAGUCGUUGCUCUACCCACAUAAUUAUACCCAAUAGAUGAGAACUCAGAACGACUCCGUCCAUCACUUCAGGGUAGUCCCCGAAAUAAACAUGCUUCAAUCUUCACUGAUCAAAGUCACUUUGAUCUUAACUAAGCUAUCUUUCGAUGUACAUUUGAGCUUGAAGGCUAAGCUCCUGGAAUGUCGUUUCUUCCUUCAUUUGAUCGUCGUUUAGUGGGAAGAGUUAGAAAAUAUAUGACAGAACGACGUCGUGUAUAUGUAGAUGAUAUGGCAGAUGACUUGCAAUCUAUAUAUCGCCAGGAUUAUGGAAGAAGAAAAAGGAAUGGAUUCAGAAAAUUGGUGAAACAGAUACAUUUGUCAAUUGUCGAAGAACGGAGAAAAGGGAAUUUGAAUGACUUAGAAAGGCAACAUAUGAGUAAAAGAAGGAAAGAAGAUUCUGGACAUAGCAGCUCUUCUGAUUCUGCUGACGAUGAUGAAUGUUUUGUCGAACUUUCGGACCAUCGAUUAAUGAAUUCAUCUCUUAUGUCUCUUUAUAAAAAACAAAAGAAAUCUCGUUCAAUGCCUUCUUCACCAUAUCAUUAUGUUGACUGCUCAACUCCGGCAUCAAGCUUUUUUGAAAAACCUUCAAUAAAAAAUACAGAAGUGGCGCCUAUUCCAGAAAUUCCCUUUGUAAAAGAAAAGAAAGAUAUAAUAGAUGCUGUUAAUAACGAUGAUAUUUGCAGAGAAAAUGAAUCUCCAGAAGAGGAGAAAAUUGAGAUAGACAAGAAAACAUUUCAUUUUUUUGAUUCAGACUUUGUUAGCAAAGAAAAUAGUCUUGUAGAGAAUAAUGAUAAACCUACCCUCGAUAAAAAAACUGUUACUAAGACAAAUAUUCCAUCUAGUACAAGAAAAGAUAGGCGAAGACAUAGAAAAUCAAAAAAGAAGGAAACCGAAUCAAAAACUUCAGACGGUGAUAUCGACAUUCAAGGCAAGGAUGCACCACAAAAAUUUAAAUUCCAAACAACAAUGGUAAAAUUUGAAGAUAUUGGUGGAAAUGAGAAUACGUUGAGAGAAGUUUGUAAACUUCUUGUUCAUAUGAAACAUCCGGAAAUCUAUAAAACACUUGGGGUUAUUCCACCUUGUGGUAUUCUGCUUCAUGGCCCACCAGGUUGUGGCAAAUCACUUCUAGCAAAUGCUAUAGCUGGUGAACUAUCACUUCCUAUGUUGAAGAUUGCUGCUACUGAAAUUGUUAGCGGAGUUUCAGGAGACAGUGAACAGAAAUUACGUGAAAUGUUUGAAAUGGCAUUGUCAUCUGCGCCCUGUAUUGUGUUUAUUGAUGAAAUCGAUGCCAUAACACCAAAACGAGAAAUUGCUUCUAAAGAUAUGGAACGAAGAAUAGUAGCGCAAUUACUUUCAUGUCUCGAUGAUCUUAGUGCAUCACCUUCACAGGUUUUAGUAAUCGGUGCAACCAAUAGACCAGACUCAAUCGAUCCUGCCUUGAGAAGGGCUGGUAGAUUUGAUAGAGAAAUUUGUAUGGGUAUUCCGGAUGAAAAAGCCAGAGAGGAUAUCUUGAGGGUUCUAUGCAAGAAAUUGAAGCUGGAUACUGAAUUUAAUUAUUUGCUUUUGGCAAGAUUAACUCCAGGAUAUGUUGGUGCUGAUCUCAUGUCAUUAUGCAGAGAGGCUGCUAUGUGUGCUGUCAAUAGAAUUUUAUCCUAUUUACGCCAAUCAAAACUUGACAAUUCAAACAAUGAUAGAAACUUUGAAAACAUAUCAGACAAAAAUUGUAAGAUGAAACAGAACUCGAAUCCAAAUAUUGAAAAUGAAAACGACGUAAUACAUACGAAUGAUUCGGCAAUGGAACUCUCUCAUUCAAGCUCCAUUGAUGCGCCGCAAAAUCAAGAUUCCAGAGUUGAAGAUAACCAUGACACACAUAAUAACAUACUUGAUUUACAAACUAAUAUGAUUUAUAAUGACUUAUCUACUUUUGAACUCCUGACUUGGUUGCGUGAAACUACUCCAUUAACUGAAGGGCAGUUGUUGAAUCUUUCCAUCAAAUUUUCUGAUUUUGAACAUGCACUACCGUAUGUUCAACCUUCGGCAAAAAGAGAGGGAUUUGCGACAGUUCCUGACGUGACUUGGGAUGAUAUUGGAGCUUUAGAAGAUAUAAGAGAGGAGUUAGCUGUUGCCAUAUUGGCACCAGUGAGGAACCCUGCGGCAUUCAAAUCUUUAGGAUUGAAUAAACCACCUGGUAUACUUCUGGCUGGUCCUCCAGGAUGUGGAAAAACUCUUUUAGCUAAAGCAAUUGCCAAUGAAUCCGGAAUCAAUUUUAUAUCUGUGAAGGGUCCCGAAUUACUAAACAUGUACGUAGGAGAAAGUGAAAGAGCUGUUCGACAAUGUUUUGAAAGAGCAAGAAGUUCAGCACCUUGUGUUAUAUUUUUUGAUGAACUCGAUUCUCUUUGUCCCAGAAGGUCAGGAGCAGAGUCAUCUUCUACGGCCAGAGUUGUUAACCAAAUGUUGACAGAAAUGGACGGACUAGAAACACGAAAACACGUUUUUGUAAUGGCUGCUACUAAUAGACCAGAUAUUAUCGAUCCAGCAGUUUUGAGACCUGGCCGUUUAGAUAAAACUUUGUAUAUUGGUUUACCAAAAUCAGAAGAUAGAUUGAAAAUUCUUUUAACAAUAACAAAAAAUGGAACAAAACCACCAAUGCACGACAAUGUUUCCCUAUCGUCUCUUUCUCAUGAUGAAAGGUGUAAUAGAUUUACAGGUGCAGAUUUGUCAUCUUUAGUUCGUGAAGCUGCUGUUAAUGCUUUAAAAGAUCAUAUUUCUGCUCAACAUGUUUUUGAAAAAGACUCCAAAUUCCAAAGCCUAAAUGUGGUGGUGAACAAAGAACAUUUUGAAAAGGCCUUUGCGAAAGUAAAACCUUCGGUAUCUAACAAAGAUGAACAUAAGUAUGAAGCAAUGAGAAGGGAAUUACAAGGAUACUAGUAUUAAAUAUAAUAGCAAACGUCGAAUUCUGCUCUUAUUUUAUUUGUUGGAGAAGUUUCUUGUGUCCAAUCAGAGAUAAAUCUUUGAUGUAGCACCAGUUCUUUUUGUAUUUUGUCUUGCCAUGUACCAUAUUUCAUAAAGAUAGUUGUCGUGAUUUCAUGCUGUGGCAACAUCAAGACAUCAAGCAAUUGUAAGACUGUGUUUACAUACAGGUAUGUAUAUUUUGAGACCAAACUCUGAAAAAGGCCUAGUUAAAAGUAGAGUACCGGAAGAUAUUUUUGAUUACUGUCCCUCUUCCGCUAUUGUUCUGGAUCUUUGUAAGUAUCGCCCCCUCAUUUAUAUUAUUGGAUGGCAUUUGCCAUUUAUGACGAUGGCACGAUUCUUCAUGCUGACUUGAUGUGAAGUCAUAAGCAGCGAUACUAUUAGGAACCUUUAAAACGGACUUGCCUAAGAAGCCUAUUUUGGGUGAGCAUAUAAACGUGCUCUUGAGUCCUUACCGGUACACUUAUUCUGGUUCAGAUCCCAAUUUCAGAAUAAAUCUCAAGUGAAUCCA